AUGCCGCCUCAUCUUCACCCCCGCUCAAAAUUCACAUCUUCCCUCUUCGCAGGCACACUCUUUGCUAGUUUCUUCGUCGUAGCACUACCGCACGUUCUUCCUUGUCCGGCACCGCGCGUCGUAUAUGCAGAUGAUGGUUCGGGAUCACAGAGGCCGAUGAGGAGAAGGAGGAAAUGUCCUGUUGAUGAAGUGGGGGCACAAGGGAAGGAACAGGGGCAGCUACAGAUACAAUUGAAGACUGUGGGAGGAGACAGAGAGGGAAAGAGUGAAUAUAAAGAUUUCAAUGAGAAAAUUCGGGAGGAAAUGGGUGGUAAUACUGGGGAAUCGGAUGAUGGGGAGGAAAUAGAAGGAAGCAGGAAACUUUCUAAGCGCGAGUGUCCGGUGCCGAAACCUGGGGGUGUACUAGGAGGAAUAUUGGGCUUUAAGUCGACUGUUGAAGAAAAGGGCUCGAAACCACCGUGA